GCGUGCCAGACAAGGAGAGAGAAACGAGCCUGGGUGAGUCGGCACGGAGCAGAGGCCGAGGAAGGGUGCGCGGAGCGUCGAUGCCUUCCAACAUGGCACUGGCGGCGGACGCGCCGGGUCGCGCUCGAGUACGCGAACAAUGAGAGCCGAUAGUGUAUCGGGGGUGCAUCGGUGUUGCUAGACGGAUCAACCUUGCGGGAGCCUCAUCCGGGUGCUUCAAGUGCUCGAGGAGAGUCUUGGGUGAGCGUGUCGGACUCAUCGAGAAGGAGAGUCGCGUCGGAAAAGAGAGAGAGAGGGGAGGAGAGGGAGAAAGAGAGCGAGUGGAAAGAGAAACGGAGCCAUGUCGCGGAGUCACACGGGGCAGGGAGAGCAGGCCAAUCCGGUGGCGGUCAUCCUACCCCAUGUCGAGUGACAGGCUGCUUACGUAACGGAUUAUUCUCGCUAUGAUAACGACACUCCAGGCGCGAAGGCGACACGAGAGGAAGCAGCGGAUCGUCAUCGUCGCCGGGAGAGCCGUCGCGGCGGCGCAGCGCGCGACCCCGACAAAAAUACACCGCGGCCGACCCGGAUCCCGCUAUCGCCGCCUCUGAUACCGAGAGAGCGUCGCGACGCCCACCUCGCGCGUCCGCCGCGUCGCCGGGAGACCUGGGGCUGUACGCGGAAGUGUCUAUGUGUGACUGCGAAUUAUGACAGCGGCGAUCGUCAUGGAAAACGUUAAUUGGGACCCUGCAUUGUCCAAGCUGCUGAACUCGCUGCAAGAGAGCAAGUCGGAGAUACCCAGCUGCACCGAGGAGGAAUUCGGCUUUCUGAGCGAGCUGCUGCAAUCGAAGGAGCUGAACGCCCUGGUGAACGUUCACAACAAGAUCCUGAACAAUGUCAAGGAUGACAAGUUCUUUCCCGUGCUGUCCAACUCGAUGGAUAUCGACGUCGAUGUUCUCGAUCUGCUCUCGACCAAGACGCACGUAUCCGCCGAGUGCAAGGAACUCUUUCACUUGCUGCAGAAACCGCAUAUCCAGGGUCUCCUAUGCGCGCACGACGCGGUGGCUCAGAAAGACUACUACCCGAGGCUACCGGACAUCCCGUUGGAGGUGGACGAAGACGAGGAAACGGUGAAGAUCGUGCAGCUGGUGAAGUCGAACGAGCCCCUGGGCGACGCCGGCGUUGAACCGAUCGUGGGGGCGACCAUAAAAACCUGCGAGGUCACCGGCAAGAUCGUGAUCGCGCGAAUAAUGCACGGCGGCGCGGCCGACAGAUCCGGUCUCAUCCACGUUGGCGACGAGGUCUGCGAAGUCAACGGUAUCAGCGUCGAGGGGAGGACGCCCAGCUUCGUCCUGCACAUUUUGCAAAACUCGGAGGGGACGAUCACGUUUAAAAUAGUGCCGGCGGAUAGCAAGAGCGGGGUCAGGGAAAGCAAGGUUCGCGUGAGGGCGCACUUUUCGUAUGUAGCGUCCGAGGAUCCCUACAUCCCUUGCAAGGAAGCCGGCUUGGACUUCGUCAAGGGUGAUGUCCUGCACAUCGUCAGUCAAGACGACGCCUACUGGUGGCAAGCUAGACGGGAGGGCGACCGAAACAUGAGAGCCGGCUUGAUCCCUAGCAGGGCUCUUCAAGAACGUAGGAUCCUCCUCGAGAGGCAGCAGAAAGAGAAGCCAGACGAAGAUAAUAUAAGCUUGUGUUCUGUUCCAGUGCCUUUGCCCGCAUUGUGCCCCCGUCCCAGUACCUCUUUGCACGCCUCGCCCACAAAGUGCAACUUGCAGGGAAUUAAAACUAAAAAAAUCAUGUAUGACGCUGCAGAGAACGACGACUUCGACCGGGAAGAGGUACCGACCUACGAAGAGGUCGCGAAACUCUACCCCAGGCCGGGCCUGUACCGGCCGGUGGUUCUCAUCGGGCCACCGGGGGUCGGUAGGAACGAGCUCAAGAGGCGGCUCAUGGCGACAGACGCCGAAAAGUACAAGACUCCCGUGCCCUAUACAUCUAGGCCACCGCGACCGGGCGAGGUAAACGGCAAGGAGUAUCAUUUCGUAACCCGGGAGAAGAUGGAGGAGGACGUCGAAGCUGGCAAGUUCAUCGAGUACGGCGAGUACAAGGGGAAUCUGUACGGCACCAGUUCGGAGAGCGUGAGCUCGCUCGUGAACGCCGGCUACGUGUGCCUCCUGAAUCCUCACUAUCAGGCUCUCAAGAUGCUGAGGACGCCGCAAUUGAGGCCGUACGUGAUAUACGUGAAACCGCCGCGGUUCGAGGUGCUGAAGGAGACCAGGAACGAGGCUAGAGCCAGGUCGACCUUCGACGAGAACAACUCUCGAGGUUUCACGGACGAAGAGUUCAACGAGAUCCUGCACAGCGCGGAGAAGAUAGAGUUCCUCUACUCCCACCUGUUUGACGAGGUGAUAGUAAACGCCGAUCUCUCGAUGUCGUUCGAGCAGUUGGUCAACGCGAUUCACCGAGUGGAGUCCGAACCGCUCUGGGUGCCGGCCUCGUGGGUUCAAUAAGACCGGUGCCCUUCGUUUCCGAAAUCGAAGAGACAAAGCGUUGUGGAGGAACGGAGGAACCGAAAACGAGGGAUCGUUUCGUUGCGGGAGACGCGCGAUCGUUCGUAGCGGCUCCGCCGAAUCGAUCGAGCGUUUCUCGCGACGCUCGACGACGCUACUGCAUCUCCUGCACUUCCGGUUAUCCCGAGAUACACCUCCUCGUCCACCCCCCUCCGCAUUUCGAACCGCAGUUUACCACCUUAGACAGAGAAGGAAAGAGGAGAGAGAGAGAGAGAGGGGGGGGAGAGUAAAUUGCGCCUUCAAACCCGUAGACAUUUCAUACCUCGAGCGCCCGUGAAUCCCGAUUCUUCGCUUCGUCUCGGCCGCGAAACGAAUCGUAGACGAAAGUGAAGUCUUUUUUUAUUACCGAAUACCGCGUCGUUCGUUGUUGGUUUGGUCGUUCGUUCGCGACGGUGCGUCGAUCGCGAGCGGAGCGAACGCGACGCGUGUCUCCUCGACGACGUCGUCGUCAUAGUUAAUUAGUCGAGCGCGAAAGUCGGAGUAAUCUCGAGGACAAGCUCGAAGCGGUUCAAAGUCGUCCACGUCCCAAAGUCCUCGUUUCCCUUGUGACCGUCGGACGUCUUAGCGACGCUGCGCGCAAUCGUUAGCACCUUUACUGCCAAGAAAAGCUUCGCCCAACGGCGGGAGAUCUCGCGUCGUCGUCGUGUGCGCGCAACCGAGCGGCGAAUACGAAAAGCUCCUCGGUUGCGUCGCGACGCGGACUCAGCCGUGAAAUUCCACUCUCGAGGCCCGCGGAAAUCUCGCGCGACUCGGGUUCAACGCUCGCGAAACGGCAGACUCGCGUCGAGUUUCACCUCGGGAGCUUCGCCGGAGAGCUGAGAGAGAAAGAGUCGCUUACGCGGACGAUCUUUGAUCUCGAUUGUUGUUAAUUGUUGCCAAAUCAAGUAUCGUACCUUAUAGAACACGACACCCGGACAGUCGCUUCACACAUACGUCAGAGACACACAUAUACACAAAAACUUACCGUAUUUUCCACAGCGACGUACAUCCCACAUACACACACACACACACACACACACAGAUACCGAGACGUUGCUAUCUUCCUUUUUCCACGAGGAGGGAAGGAAUGCCAACGUGCGAAAACGCGUGGAGGAGAAGAAGAAGAAGCUGUUCGCACUAUCGAGUCGACGUUGCAUAAUUCAUCCUUGAUGUAAACUCUGUAUGUUAUCGAAAUAUAAGCAUUAAACUUUCAA